GAUUGAUUGCUUGGGUAAAGUCUAGAAUUCGGAUGAAAAGGAGGUGGUUUGCUUCUGUGUGUUAUUAUUUAUGUAGGGAGAAUAGAAUUAAAUUCCCUUCUUGAGACAGUCGCACCUGUUCUUCACAAUCACCACCACCUUCAAAGUGCAUCUCUAUCUAUCUAUCUAUAGAUGAAUCUUUUUUCUCUCGAGACUCUGGUCUAAAUCCAAAUAUAAUUCUCUUUUGAAACCAAUCUGGAUCUGGAUUCAUCAGUUCAUGACGCACAUGCAUUCAAUGACGUCAAUAUCCAGGAGCUCAUCUCAUUCUAUGCUUUCACAAUUUUGAUCUUUUUCUUUCUUUCUUUCUUUCUUUCUUUCUUAUACUUAAGAAACAGCUCCCCAAUCCAUAGUCCAAAUAAAAAAUGGUUUCGUUCUGGCAUAGACCAAGGCAUCAUCAGCAUGGUGACGAUGAUGCCCAAGGCGAUGAUAGAGAAGCUCAAGAUCAUGAACCUCAAGAUGAGAGAACACGAUUGCUCCCGCGGCAAACUUCGCCAUAUCUGAGGCCUGAUGAUCCCGCGGUCUCCCCUUACAACCUCUGGAGUAUCCGCGCACUGCGAGCCCUAUCUUCGGGCUUCCUCGCAAUCACCUUUGUCUGGUGGACAUUUCUACUAGUGUCACUAUUUGUCAGUGCCCCCGCGACUCACACACGCGGAUCUGGCUUCUUUGCGUUCGCCUACACAACCCUCACACUCGGAUACCUCGUCUUCGGGCUUCUGUUUUUUGCCGUCCCCUCGAAACCAAUGACGAUAUGGGGUCUCGUGCUAGCCCUGUUCCUAUUCAUCGACAUGUGCGUCACAGUGAGUGUGCCCCGGAUCCGCGUCGAAGAGGGCUGGGUCGGAAUCGCCACGGUGGUCUGGGCAACGCUCAUCGCCAUCUACAACAUCGUGCAGAACCGUUCAGUCGCCUGGGGCAAAAGGGAGGAGGAAGAGAGACUCACGGGCCGCGAGGAGACCCGUCGCUCACUCCGUGAAUGGUUUGCAGUCUUCACCGAAACCCUCUUCAUGGCCGUGAUCGCGAUCAUCUCCAUCUUAUUCAUGGCUACCUUGAUCCUCCGCGCGCGCGACGCGACCCUCCCUGCCCCCGGAGGAAAAUACUACGUCAGCGCACGGAACUACCAAGUCCACCUCGCUUGUGUCGGCGAGCACGUCAACGAAACCACAAGCGGCGAAACAACCCCCCCGCCGACUCUCAUCCUCGAGGCCGGCGAAGGCCCAGCCGAACACACCCUCCAGCCCUUCAUCGACGAGCUCUACCAAAAGGGAGCUAUCGCCAGGUACUGCUACUGGGACCGGCCUGGCUUCGGCUGGUCCGACAACGCGCCGUCCCCGUUCUCCGCUGGAAUGGCAGCCGACUCGCUCUCCGAGGCCCUCGCCUUGGCCGGAGAGGAAGGACCGUGGGUUCUCGUCUCCGCAGGAAUAGGCGGUAUCUACAGCCGCAUAUUCGCGAGUCGACACCUCCUCGAAGUCCAGGGGAUAUUCCUCAUCGACAGCACACACGAGAAUUACCUCGACGAGGUCGCCUCAUCGGGCCACGGCUUCGCUCUUUGGAUCAGAGGUAUUCUCUCCCCAUUAGGUAUUGAUCGAAUCCUCGGUGCCGUUUUCCGAGGCCGUACCCGUGAAGAUCGCGUCUUUGGUCGGAGUGCCUACCAGACAGGGAAGUUCAUUCGGGCUAAGCUCCAGGAGAACUUGGUCGCUGCCUCUAUGACUGCCUCGGAGAUUUCGGCCGCAAGACAUGUCCAGAUGCCCGAUACCGCGUUGACCGUGAUUAGUUCGGACGAGGAGGUGCGGAAAAGUAAGAAGUGGGCCAAGUGCCAGGAGGAUUUAACGAUGAUUACAAGGAAUUUGAAGAACUGGGAUAUUGUCGAGAAUGCACCGCAUGAGGUGUGGAGGACUGUGGAGGGAAGACAGGUUAUAGAAAAGCGGUUAAGGGACAUGAUUAAGGGGGGGUGAGUUAUUUCUUUUUUGUUCCCUUCUACAAGUACUAUCUAUGUAUAUCCCGUGUUUCAUUUUCCCGCUCUAUUGGUGCAUAAUAAUGAUCAUAUGUGUGUUGAGCCGUAUGAGGCCAUGUAUUAUACGAAGUUGGCAGUUCCAUGAACCAUUUAAUUCAUUCAUAAUAUUCCUCGGGGCCAAGUAAAGUAUCUCCUAGGACAUCCUACCAAUGCUACUUACUGGUAGUCUUCCCAAGCACAUUAUGCGCGAUACGUUCAAAUUCACCCCCAGUUUUCCCAGCAAUCGAACACCUGAGCCGACCGUCCAUCGACUCCAUGAGGUAAAAAUGUGAGAAAGAGUUCGUUCUCUCUGGAGCAUACAGGCGCACGUGGCUAGCAAAUGAAACACGUCGAAAAUGGCAAAAUAUGCGUC